GACAUUUUCCUCUUUGUGUUCUGUGGCCGUAGCCGUAGGUCAAAGUAUCUAAUAAAAAUUGUUGAUUUUGUGAACCUCUAAAAGUUUUACUUCUGAGCCAUAGUUAGAAUUCAGUCAACGGGUGACUUGAAAAAACACGCCACAGAAAUAUAAGAAGAAAAUUGGCGGACGGCGAUAUGUGAAUUAUAAAAAUGAAAACCUAGAAAGUGCUCUAGCCGCACUUAAAGAUGGGAUGUCCUAUUCCGAGACUUCUCAAAUAUAUAACAUUCCUUUGGUGAUCCUAUGGAGGAAGAUUAUAAACACCCGAAAAAGUGUGGGGGACAACCUGUUUUAAGUAAAAGAGAAGAAAAUGCCAUUAAAGCAGCUGUUGUUACGGCGGCAGAAUGGGGCUAUCCAUAUAAGAAGGAGGAUAUAAAAUUAUUAGUUAAAAACUACUUGGAUUGAGCUGGCAAACAGGUGACCAAGUUUUCUAAUAACAUGCCUGAAAAAGAUUGGUGCACGGACUUUCUUACAAGGCAUAAAGAUGUAUUAAAGGUUCGUUUGGCUGAAAAUAUAAGAAGAUCUAGGGCAGGUGUAUCAAGAAAAGUUUUAUAUGAAUAUUUUGAUAAAUUGGAUGUUUCUCUUAAAGACGUAACACCAGAGAAUUUAAUAAACUAUGACGAAACAAAUUUUGUUGCUGAUGCCGGAAGGCCUAAAGUUGGUUUACGAAGAACUAUGAAGCACGCAGAGAAAGUUUGUGAAUCCACCAAGUCUGCCCACUCAGUCAUGUUCUCUGUAACAGCGGCUGGACUUUUGUCACCUCAAUACGUUGUCUACAAAUCUGAAAAUUUGUGGUCCACUUGGACUCAAAGUGGCCCUGAAGGUUGUAUUUACAACCGCAGCAAGUCUGGAUGGUUCGAUCAAAGUUUGUUUGAGGAUUGGUUCUUUAAGAUCAUUGUUCCUUAUUAUAGACGUCUAGAUGGCCCAAAAGCUAUCAUUGGGGACAAUCUAGCAAGUCAUUUGUCAGAGGCUGUAAUAAAAAAAUGCAAGGAAAAAAAUAUUAGAUUCAUUUUCUUACCAGCAAACAGUACCCAUUUGACACAACCCAGCAGCUAAAAAAAUGGAAUAUGUCAAAUCCAGGUUUGCUACAGAAAGAUCAUUUUCCCGAGUUCUGAACGGGACAAUCAAAUCGAUUGCUCUCACAGUUGGUAAAAAUAUCAAAUCUGGAUUUGAGGCUACAGGUUUACAUCCGCUUAAUCGAGAAAAGGUCCUUGUUAAAGUCCCAGACGACAAUAAGACUGACGCCAAUAAUAGUGUUACAUCAUUAGUUGCAGUCAGUUACCUCUCUUUUUAAGGAAUCCAGAUUUAAAGAACCGUGAGCCAAACAAAUCAACCGUAAGAAAUUGGUAGUGGCGCCCGGAGAAAGCGUUACAGAUUAAAAGAUUUCAAACUCUUCGGAAUCGGAAAAAGAAACUAUAAUCGAGCCAGAAGAAGAUAUAUUGUCAAAUAAAGGAUCAGAGGAACUUGAAGGUAUUGAGCUGCCCUGCUUUGUAAACCCAGUGCAAGAAAAAAAUAUAUUAACUCGGAAAGCUUACAAAAAGUCGAGAAAGCGCAAAUCGCUCUAGACAACUUGGUAGAAGGGGACUUCAUCUUGGUAGAGUUUACUACACUAAAGAAAAAGCAACAAAGAUAUCUGGCAAAAGUAAUGGAAGUAGACCAAAGAUUUAUACAUUGCUCAUUUUUUAGGCCUUCUGAAAAAAUCAAAGAUUUUUUCCCCUUAAGCCAGAUAUUAGUGACAUUACUAUAGAGCAGGUGAUCAGGAAGUUUGAGCGUCCUGAAGAGUUAAGGAGAGGAGCACUAAAAUUUUUUUUUCAAAAACAGUGUUAAAUUAGAAUAGUGUUUUAAGCUAUAUUUAGUUUAUAUAAAAUAAUGUUUUAUAAUUGGUACAAUCAAAGAAAUUAGUUUAAUUAACUAAUUUUGUUUCGAUACACCCGUUAAAGCGGGUGACUUGAAAUUUUCUGUUUAUUAUUUUUUUUUUUGAAAACUAAAAGAAAUUUGAAAGUUUUUUUCCGAUGUAUAUAUUCCCCAAACUUAUGUGCAAGUUUUCCAUAUUUUUUUUUGCAAACCAAUUUAUUAUUCUGUGUCUCGUAGAGGGAUGAACAUGUCAAAAUUGUUAUCAAGUCACCCGCAUUGACGGUACUGUAUUAUCAGCAAAUACGAAAUAUCUCUUAGCUUUCACACCUAAAUAUCUAUUUUAAAGUUUGUAAUCUCCGAGCACCGACCCUUGUGCCACAUUAUACAUUUUUUAUUACUCAAGUAUAGUGCUUCCUGUUUUUUUGAGUAGGUCUGAAGGAGUUUUUUUGCAGUGUGCUUCGGCAUCCCAUUUGUUCCAUAUUCCUACUAAGUCGAAGGCUUUCUGUAAGUCAAUAAAUCUUGCCUCAACAUAUUUAUUUUUACUCGGUUCCUACGAUUCAUGCUGCAUUAAAUAUGAUGUUGACCAUAUGCAGCAUCUUUUGGCUAGACUAAACAGUGUCUGUUCCUUACUUUUGCUCUUAUUUAUAAACAUAAAAGCAACUCAGCAAUAUACUGAGGAAUGUUUUCUUAUGAUCCAGAAAUUAAUGAACUUUGCGAUUGUAACAGAAUUCCGAAAUAAAGAUUUAUUAUUCUCAAUAACUAA